UCCCCGCGUGCAGAGGGUGCUGAGACAGGGGCUGCCGGGUAAAGUGCGUGGGCUGCCGUCCUGGCCACCGACCGCCAAAGCCAUGGCUUCCAAACUCCUGCGCGCGGUCAUCCUUGGGCCGCCCGGCUCUGGCAAGGGCACGGUAUGCGAAAGGAUCGCCCAGAACUUUGGCCUCCAGCAUCUCUCCAGCGGCCACUUGUUGCGGGAGAACCUCAAGACCAGCACGGAAGUUGGUGACGUCGCAAAACAGUACCUGGAAAAAGGUCUUUUGGUUCCAGAUCAUGUGAUCACACGUCUAAUGAUGUCAGAACUGGAGACCAGGAGUGCCCAGCACUGGCUGUUAGAUGGAUUCCCAAGGACAUUAGUGCAGGCAGAAGCCCUGGACAGAAUCUGUGAUGUGGACCUAGUAAUCAGUUUGAAUAUUCCUUUUGAGACACUUAAAGAUCGUCUGAGCCGGCGGUGGAUUCACCCUUCUAGUGGGAGGGUCUAUAACCUGGACUUCAACCCACCUCAAGUGCUGGGGAUUGAUGACAUCACUGGUGAGCCACUUGUCCAACAGGAAGAUGAUAAACCUGAAGCAGUUGCUGCCAAGCUAAGACGGUACAAGGAUGCGGCAAAACCAGUCAUCGAACUGUACAAGAGCCGCGGAGUGCUCCACCAGUUUUCUGGGACGGAGACUAACAAAAUCUGGCCUUAUGUUUACACACUUUUCUCCAACAAGAUCACACCUAUUCAAUCCAAAGAAGCAUACUGAGCCUGCCAUAGGAAGAGCCAAGAAGACAUGGUCGCCCACUCAAUCACUCGUGUAGUCUUGGUGCCCUGGCCAAAUUAGAAGCCAGCUGAGAUAGCUUGCAGCAUCUUUUCUAGUUUAAGUGAUGAAGUAAUGAGGAAAAUCUAGUAGGUAGAAAGAGUUCAGGAAGAAGGAAACCCUCCUCUCCCUUUGAAAAGAGGCUCUGCAGGUGCAUCACGCCUUUCACAGGAAGGAGUAUAUAGACUGGAUUUCCACCAGUGUUGAGCCUACACUCUGGAUGGGUUAACAGCCAUGUGCUAACUAUCAGAGCCUUUUUUGCAUGCAGUGGUGGGCUCUCUGGUUUAUCCCACCUUCCACAGGCUACUAAACCACAGCACUGUAUGCCUGAGAACUUGAAGGGCUGUGGUCCUGCCUCAUCCAUUGCCAUAGCUCUGACAAUUGAUGCUACUUGCACUCAGUGGUUGCUUUUCCCCAAUGACCGAUUCUCCCUGGCUCUCAGACAUACUCGUUUCUAUUGUCUGAAUCUUGUUAUCUGCUCGCUCCCUUCUCAGGCUGUUCAGUACCAUGAUGGCGUCUGCAUUUACCCCUCUAACUUCCUUUAUACAAACUGAGAAGUAGGUGACUGGAUUCAGUCUUUUCCUUCUUACUAGGAACUGAUCCAAGUAGAAGGCUUACUUGGUUAAACAGCUGCUCUAUCUUGAGUCCACUCUGUACCUUUUACUGCUUAAAAAACGAUUCCCCCAGUGUCUUCAGGGUUCUCAAGAAACAAGGGAAAUGCUUACUUAUGGAAAUGUGGGUGAUUGUAUCUUCUGUAUAGAAGUAGUAGUAAUUGUAUGGAAAUCACUGGACUAAUGAGAUGGUUGGGUUCAAGGCAAGAUGAGUAUUCAACAUGCUGCUAAGUAUUAACGCUGUCUGUGUUUUUCUUCUGUGAGUGACUAACCAGACAGUGAGAGGUCAGUAAAGGGAGCAAGCCUGAGGGCUUGGAGCAUCUUGCACUAGACAUACAUAGCACCUGCGCUGAGUAAGACAGCUUUACCAUUUGGGAACGCAGAAUCUUUUUGUUUGUUUUCUUCCUAUUCCAAAGAUGCAGUCUAUAGGUGGCCAUAGAGUCCAGAAAUGAAUAUACUAAUAUUUUAUCAGUCAUUAUAUGUCAAGAAAGCAUUUGUUAAAAGACUUUCCUUCCUGGAUUCCAAACUUGUUGGCCACCUUGUUAUAAUUUUUACUCUUCUCUGGGAAGAACAGGGAAAUGUCUUCCCACUGCCUUAAAAAAUGUCCUGCAUCUGCCUGUCCCCACGAGGCGAUCCUUUAUUACUGGUGGUGAUUUAAUGUGACAUCUCAUAGCCUGUCUGGGGUCAGGGUGUAGGGUGGGCUUAGCACUUUAGUGAUACUGAGACAUUAUUCCAUUCUGAAGAUGUCAUGUGAAUCCCCAGUCCAUUCACUGCCAUGUAUUCUGUGCUAACGAGUCUGUCUGCCUUCCUGUGCUGCCUGGACUCCUGUGGUUCCUCUCAGUUGUCUUUCAUGUGCAUGUUCUGUGGCUCCUUAGUGGAGAUGCAGGCCAGCAUCCCCCACUCGUGCUCUCAGUACAGAAAAAUAAGCUUCUGAAGUGCAGCUGCUUGGUGCAGGUCUGUGACCAUCUGGGCAUUGUCAUGAUGUCGAGCACUUUGGAAGCUUACCUUUGGAUGUCACUUGGUAGGGGUUGGAUGGUAAAAGCCAAAGCUUCCUGGAGGAGCAGGUCAGGAGUGGGAAACCCUGAGAUUAUUCCCAGGGACCAAGGGAAGUAGAGAGUUCAAGGGAUUCAGGGUAACUCAAGAGAGGUGGGAAAACUUCAAACUUAUUUCUUCACCUCUCUUAGAGUCUGAGGAGAGCAAUAGGGUAUGAUCAGGUCCUUGCCUGCACACUCUUGUUUCUCUAUGCAUUUCAAGCUCAAUAGACUACAGUAGCCAGCACUAGGACACCAGGGUCAGAAGAGCAGCAAAGGGCAAAAACAUCUUUUCCAAAGUCUUGGGUGAUACCAUGUCCGUUGGUGUAAAGGUGUUUUCUGCAGCAGACUUGGCUGUUCUUUUUGAAAUGAUUUUGUAGAAACGGACAUUUAAUACUGAAAAGGGUCUUGACAAAGGUAGAAUGGAAAGAGCAUCUGUUCUUCUCAGGCCACACAUGGCCUUCCUUCAGGUGGACACCAAGAGUCUGAGUGGUCUCUGAGAUUCUGGUCUGACUUUGUGUUCACAGACUCCACCUGACUCCUUAUUCAGUUUGCUUCCCACAAUCCUCUUGCUUAGAACUUAGGAAAGACUGCAUGUUUAUUCCUCCAGUAUUUAUGACAAAAAGGUGCUAUGAAGGAGGCCUUCUGAGGGAGGUGCACGCUCUCAGGACCUUUAUAAGCAUUGUGGUGAAUCUUCACAGGCACAACUAAUUUUUCCUAUAAAUAAUAGUCCAGGAUAUGAAGUCUUGCCCCAGGCUCUUCAUAUGAGUAAACAGUAGAGCUAUGACUCAGUCCCAGGUUUUCCUGCUUCAGAAAACUUUGGCCUUUUUACUGGAUGUUAGCUGUCUUGACCUAAGCAGCCUGGAGCCAUGGGCCUGCUUAGGUUUGCUUGUGGACUCAGGGAGAGUGGCAGACAUGACUGGAGUGGCUGUGUGAGGCUAUUUCUUUUAUACUCUUUGCCUGAGCAAAAGGAGUUGCUAAAUACAAGGUGUUAGGCAGGCUGGGUUUGGACCAGGCUAAUCUGCCUCAAUUCUAGGUGUCAGAAAGCCAUGAAGCCAUAUGAAGGAGAACUGGCAUCUACUGGAACAUUAAAAUUAACCAUAAAUGUUACCCCUUAUUUUGGGUGUGGAAAACUGCACAAUUCUUGCCAGAAUGAAUGCCAUCAACUGCCUCAGGGCACUCCUUGGUUUGACUGUUCUGUAUGUGGUUGGGUGUGAGGGAGACAGGCUAAGCACAAUGUCUUUCAAUAAAAGGCUCUGGUUUAAAACCUUGCAAGGAGUACUGCACCUUCUCUCUGGGAUUCGGGAAAAGGGAAGAAAAAUGGAAAACCCCGGGCUUUGUGUGAACUGCAAGAAAUGGUAGGGUUCAAGGCUUUUCUAGUUUCAUGAGAACUUGUACUACUGAAUUUGCGAAUUUUGUUUUUUGAGCUGAACAGAUCUCUGGGGGAUUAUGUUGAGUGUAAUGACAUUUCACUGUGAUCCCCCAAGUUCAAGGCAGUCUUUAACCCAAUGUUGGCUUAAGUUUCCCGGGAGCUGACAUGUCAACUUUUCUUCAGUGACAGUUGGUGUUCCUAUUGAUUUUGGCACAUGUGCUUAAUACAAAGUCAGUUCUGUAUAUGCUAUCCUAACUAUUCAUUGUAUUAAUUUUUUUUGUUUUGUUAUCUUGCUUGAAGAUUGAUUUGUAUUGAAUUUGAUAGAAAUAAAUGUUUUUCUGCUUAA